CAUCGUUUCAUCAGUGUUCUACCUAGACCUCAAAUAUGGACUUGGUUCCUCAUAUGUACUGGGAGAGGCAAGAGCCUGGGUCUCAAUUGUGUGCUCAGCAUUGCCUCAAUAAUUUGUUGCAGCAAUUCACUUAUAGCGAGUUUGACCUCGCUGAUAUCGCCAAGAGGCUCGAUGAGGCUGAACGCGCUCAGCUGCAUGAGCCGCAGAGCAAAUCCCAUAACUUUGAUGACACGGGGUACUUUUCCAUCUCAGUCCUUGAACGAGCUCUUGAAGUGUGGGAUUUGACCUUGGUAAGGUGGCGAGGGGAGGCAAUGAGAGAAUACCAAGAGCAUCCUGAGGAACAAGUCGCUUUCAUCCUCCACCUGUCAUCGCAUUGGAUCCCGCUUCGUCGUUUCGGUUCAAACGAUUCGUAUAAACGAUGGUACAAUCUCAACUCGUUCCUGCCUCAUCCAGAAUGGAUCUCACCGACAUAUCUCCGCAUGGUCCUCUCUCAAGCGGAACAGGAAGGAUAUUCAGUCUUUUGCGUGAGGAAAGCGGCACCAUCUGAUGACGGAUGGGGUGACGGAGGUCUCGCUUCUUUGCCGGAAUGUCAGGCGGAUGUCUUUGCGGUACAAUUGGGUGAACCUCAAGGUCGCUCAGGAGGGACAGUCGCUCCGAUCGGAAGAGGAGCACAGAUGUCAGACCAACCCUCCGUGGACCCUUCUACCAUCACCCCUCCGGAUGAGCAUGUCGAUCCGUUUGAUAGAGCGGGACCGUCCCAGAGACGCAGACGUCAGCCAGACCCCGUAGAUCCGUUCGGAGAUGCUGAGGAGGACACUGCGCCGGCUCAGCGUCGGCCUGCCCAGGUGUGGGAGGAUGAGGAGUUGGAUGAAGUUCACGACUUCACUCAACAUCAGAGGGAUUAUGACGAUGAGGAUGCGGCGUUGCAAGCGGCGCUGAGAGCCAGUAUGGAGGAUAUCCCGUCGGACUGGGUAGCACCAACCUUGCAACCAAAGACGGCUCCGAAAAAAGCAGAGAUGAUUCAUAAGGAGCCAGUCUCUGCGCCACCCCAGGCGGAAGAAGAGCCCGAACCCGAGGGCGAGGAUGAGACCAAUGAGCUAGAGCCCGAGGAACUCUCCCCAGGUGAGCACAGAAACCGACUCUCCUGACCGUCAGAUGAGAUCCGCAGGAGAAGAUUGGCCAAAUUCGGAGCCUAGAUGCAUACAUCAUGUUGGUUUGAUAGGGAUCA